CCACCUGGCUGAGGAGUUUCCCUUCUGCUGUGGAGCCGUCGGGACAGUUAAAAGAAAUGUCGAAAGGAAACCCACUAAAAUCAGCCCUUUCCAUCGGGAAUGUGGACGACACGGCGCUUGCUCUGCCGUCUGUUAACCAGACCCGAACCGCACAGCAGCGCGUCCUGGAGCAAGUUCAAAGUAUAAAGCGGACAAAGUCGAGAAUCAGCAGCAGCAGCAGCAGGAGUGGAUCUACUUUGUCUCCAACAAGCCCUUCGUAUGACUCAGUGUUUGAAGAAACUCAGAAAUCACCGCAGAGCACCUCAAAUGGAAUCGUCUUCUUUAAGAAGAGCUUCUCUAGAAGUCUCAGCCAAGAGAAAAACAUUGCCCAGCAAAAAGUCAACAUCUCAAUGGGAUCCAAUGUGAACAGAUACACAACAUCUUCUCACUAUAAGAGGUAUUACGCCCCCGCUGGGCUUGUGGGAGUUGGUCGUGGCAACACCAGCCGCAGCGAGCCUGAUCUGCUCUCGCACCAGCGCUCAGUGCCUCCACGUUCGGUCCCAUCAAAGAGAAUCCAAACCAUGAAGGGCAGUGCCCACAGUUCACAAAAGGUCACCAACCAGUUUAUAAUAAAUACCACAGCAGCGGCUCCACCUCCACCACUGAAUGCUGCAAACGGUCAGAUUAAAUCAAGCAACCAGUUCAUAUGCAGUAGAAUUGACACAGUUAAAGUCCCAAAGCCUGCUGUUACUGAGUCUACAUCCAAAAGCAAAAAAGUAGAUGCUGGAUCAAAUGGAAACGCGAAAGUUGCUGAUAUCACUAUGAAGGAAGCUGUGGACUAUCUAUCCAGUACCGAGGAGACAUAUCAGCACUGUGGAGCUUCCUACAUCCAGCACAGCACUUUCAUUGACAACAAAGCUAAAGAGGAGGUCUUAAAGCUCAAUGGCAUCCCCCUGCUGGUGAAUCUGCUAUGCAGCCCCAGUUUGCAAGUCAACUCUACGGCCUCGGCUGCUCUCCGUAACUUGUCCUUCAAAAGCGACAAAAACAAAGAGGAGAUACAGCGCUGUGGUGGGAUCACGCAAGCUGUCGCUCUGCUCCAUAAAGCAGGUUCUUUAGAGCUACAGAAACAGCUGACGGGUCUUCUGUGGAAUCUAUCGUCCGUAGAUGAUCUGAAGCCUGAGCUGUUAAAGAGUGCACUGCCUGUUUUAAUGGAGCGUGUGAUUCUCCCCUACACAACAGGUCCCAACCAGGAAACCAAUAACAGCCAAAAUCCUGAAAUCUUUACUCACACCACAGGAUGUCUUAGAAACCUCAGCAGUUCAAAGCACAUCUACAGACAGACGCUGAGAAAAUGUCCAAGUUUGAUUGACAGUUUGGUCAGAUAUAUCCAAGGCUGUGUGGAAGCAGGAAAACCAGAUGAUGAGUCUGCAGAGAACUGUGUGUGCAUCCUGCACAAUCUGACAUUCCAGCUGGAGGCCGAGGCUCCUGAUCUUUUCAGCAGGAUCAAAGCUUUGGGUAAAAAUAUGAACAGGAGCAACAACCACGACAACGCUAGCCCUGUUGGCUGCUUCAGCACUCAGAGCAAAUCACUAGAACGUGAGUCUCACUUUGACUUCCCAGUCAUUGAAGAUCCACAGCCUGUUGGGCCAGGCUGGCUGUUCCACUCCAAAACAAUGGGGAAUUACCUGUCUUUACUCAGUUCUAGCCAGCGAGAGGAAACACAGGAAGCCUGCUGCGGAGCACUGCAGAAUCUCACCACACAUGAAGGCAUUGUCUCCACUAUAAUGGGUCAGACCAUUGUGCAGAAACUGGGUGGGCUUCGGGUUAUUGGUCCCCUCUUGAAUUCAAAGAAAGUCAACUUGCAGAGGAACACGGUGGCUUUGCUCGGAAAUUUGACAAAGAACCCAGUCCUGCACAGUGCGAUCGGUCGUAAAGGCCUUCCAGAGCUGCUGGAGAUCCUCAGCAAUGGCACCACGGGAGCGAAUGAGUCUGAUGAUAUUCUUUCCAUGGCCUGCCAGGCUUCCAGCUGCCUGCUUAUGAAGAAUCCCGAGAUGAACAAGAACUUAUUGAACAGCAAACUGAUAAACUCAUUGAAUGAUAUCAGCAAAAACAUAUACUUCCCCAAAUCCAGCAAAGCUGCAGCUGUGCUUCUUUGCAAACUCUGGUCAGACAAAGAUUUACAAAGUUUCCUGAAAAAGCAAGGGAUGAGUAAGUCCUCAUUUGUGAAUGACAUCACCAUUGCUGCGCAGCGGUCGCUUCAAGAUGCUGACGUAACAAGAACGGCUUGACAGACCCGUGAAAGUUGUUCACUGAAGUAACUCGCCUGCAAAGUCUCCGCACAACCACAGGACUUAAAAUCACAGAAUCGGACCUGCAGCCUUUCUCUUUUCAUUCAUAAAUCAUUACACGACCCUUUAAAUGCUGUAAAGUUAUUUUUCUUUGAGAUGUACCAAAUUAGCCAAAAAAAAAA